AGGCCGUAGAUGAUGCCGCCAAUACAAUCGUUAUCACAAAACUCGUUAUCAGUGCAUAACAACGUUUUAAUUUUAAAAAAAAAUUAUUCAAUUUCGGAUUUUAUUGCCCAUUGUUCUACUUAAGUCCCGUGACGUCUGCGAGCCGCAAAAAGUGCACCGAGUGUACAAUGCCGUCUCACAUGAAUUGUUGUUUCAACAAGUGUACAAAUUCCAGCAGGAGUACGCAAAACCUGUCGUUUCACAAGUUCCCCACUAACGAGAGCCUGUGCAAACAAUGGGUGGAGUUAUGUCAGAACGAUAAAGUGAUACAGAAAUUCAAAAACCACGGUUCUAGCCAAGUGUCAAAAAGUUUCAGAAUAUGUUCGGAGCAUUUCAAACGAGAAGAUUACGUUCUGUGGACGACAAAAAAGAAAGUAUUGCACAAAGGAUCCAUUCCAACGUGUCCGGUGAUAAGCCCUAAAACAACGCACGCCACAAUCGCCACCUGGAAUGAAAUGAUCACUGAAGAAGACGAAGCCAUUGCUAAUAAUACAGGUUGGAGCCCACGCGCUACUCAAAAUUUUGAUUUAACUGGCCAAGUACCUGAACAGGGUAAAUAAACGGCUGGUCAUACCCAGGGUGGAGUCCUAGAAAAACUCCAAAUUCUCAACUAAGCAGUCCAGAUAUAAAUAGAUUAUUUGUGAAAUAUAAUGACUUUUAUGACUUACAACACAGAUUUGACAGCAUUUUGAAUUUGAUUAAACAUUUUGGAAUAAUCAUACAUCUAUGCUCUUUAAAGCGAUAAAACUACUUUGAAUUAUUUGUACAACACCUUUGAAUGAUUUCAACAAAAUAUAUAUUUUCUCAGUUCAAU